AUGAGCCAGCCAAACAAAAGCAAGAGCUGCUCCUUGCAUGAAGUGGAUGAGCUGAUGAGAACUGUGCAGCUGGCGGUGCACAUCCCCACCUUCCUCCUGGGUCUACUUCUCAAUGUGCUGGCCAUCCAACGCUUCCGCACCUUCCUGAAGAAGAGGUGGCCGGAGUAUGCUGCCACCUCCAUCUACAUGAUCAACUUGGCGGUCUUUGAUCUCCUGCUGGUGCUCUCGCUCCCAUUCAAGGUUGCCCUGGGCCAUGUGCAGGUUCCCUUACAAUCUCUCUGUACGUUUGUGGAGUGCCUGUACUUUAUCAGCAUGUAUGGCAGUGUCUUCACAAUCUGCUUCAUCAGCCUGGAUAGAUUCUUGGCCAUCCGGUACCCGAUCCUGGUCAGCCACUGCCGGUCCCCUAGGAAGAUUUUUGGGAUCUGCUUCACCAUCUGGGUCCUGGUGUGGGUUGGGAGUAUCCCCAUCUACAACUUCCAUGGGAAAGUGGAAAAAGUGUACACAUGCUUCCACAAUAUGUCUGAUGACACCUGGAGUGCCAAGGUCUUCUUCCCUCUUGAGGUGUUUGGCUUCCUUCUUCCCAUGGGCAUCAUGGGUUUCUGCUCCUUCAGGAGCAUUCACGUUCUGGUUGGCCGCCUGGACCACAGCCAAGAUUGGGGCCAGCAGAGGGCCUGCAUCUGGACUAUUGCAUCCAGUCUGGCUGUCUUCGUGGUCCACCUUGGUUUCUUCUUGCAGUUUCUGGUGAGGAAUGGCUUUAUUGUGGAGUGCAGAGCUAAAUGGAACAUCAGCUUGUUCUUACAGUUGUCUAUGUGUCUUUCCAACAUCAACUGCUGCCUGGAUGUUUUCUGCUACUACUUUGUCAUCAAAGAAUUCCGCACAGGCAUCAUGGCCCGCCAGCGUUCUGGAGGCCAGCUGGCCCUCUCGGAUACCGUGACCACCAGAGGCUAA